GUGCUGCUCAGGGACACAUUCGCCAAUGCCUUCACUAAAAACUUCAUUGUGGUGGUAGUUUGUCUCAUCCUCAAUUACAUCAACGGAAUUUUGGUCACAACUUUUUUCAAACACCAGGUGUUUUACUCAGACCCUCGCUACAUCCUGUUCAUCCACAUGGUUUUGAACGACAUGCUCCAGCUCACAGUCACUAGCACCCUGUUUGUGCUAAGCUACAUCUUCUACCGCAUCAACGUCUCCUUCUGCUGCUUCUUCAUCCUGGUGGCCGUCUUCACCACCAGGAACACUCCCGUCAACCUGGCCGGCAUGGCGAUUGAACGUUACAUCGCCAUCUGCAACCCGUUACGGCACGGGCAAAUCUGUACCGUCAGGAAAACCUACUACGCCAUAGGAUUCAUGUGGUUUAUCUGCGUAGCGCCUGCAAUUUCUGAUUUGUUUACGACGCUUGCGAGGGAGUCUCUUAGCUUCUUCCACAAAUCUGUUUUCUGCAUUCGUCAAAAUGUGUUCAAAGAUCCGAAUUUAGCUACAAAAAGAUUAGUGUUUGACAUACUUUAUUUUUCAUUUGUUUUCUUAAUACUUGUAUAUACCUAUUUACGUAUUUUGUUUGCAGCUAGAGCACUAGCUACAGAGAAAGUGUUAGCACAAAAAGCUAGGAAUACAAUUUUGCUACAUGGAGCGCAGUUAGCGAUGUGCAUGCUAUCGUACAUUUCACCUAGUGUGGAGAUUGUGCUACGUUUAAUUUUUCCAGCGUAUAUUUUGGAGAUAAGGUUUGCGAAUUAUAUUAUUGUUUACAUCUUGCCACGUUUUCUGAGCCCAAUAAUUUAUGGAAUGAGAGAUGCGACGUUUCGAAAGUACUUCAAAAUGCAUUUACUGCACAAUAAGUGUGCUGUUAAAAAGAGGAGAAUUGCUAUGAGGCGUAUGGCCCAGGAUGCAGAACUCAACCUCCCUGGACGCCCUGGUGGGUAA